UAUAAAAUCAAGCAUCUAGGCACACAGACUGCUUAUACAAACAUUUGUGAAAGAAUGGGUCACUCUCAGGAGCUCAGUGAAUUCAAGCAUGGUACCGUGACAGGUUGCCAUCUGUGCAAUAAGUCCAUCCGUGAAAUUUCCUUGCUACAAAAUAUUCCACAUUCAACUGUUAGUGUAUUAUAACAAAGUGGAAGCAACUGGGAACAACAGCAACUCAGCCAUGAAGUGGUAGGCCACGUAAAAUAACAAAGCAGGGUCAGCGCAUGCUGAAGCACACCGUGCGCAGAAGUCGCCAUCUGUCUGCAAAGUCAAUAG